CAUCUGUUAUUUACUGAGCGCUCUUAACAAGGCCGUUGGGGCAGGCUGGGUAGGGAGGAGAACGAGGAAUCGUCUGGCACUUGCGAUGAUCCCUAUGCUUCUAGAUCUCUGGCAGAAUCUGGUGGCCGCAGGCUUUUCCUCUUGCAAUAGCGUUUUCUCUUUGGUUAACUGCAUCCAUUCUAGCACUGCCAGCUCCCUGCACUUUCAAAUACCUUGCCUGGCAGAGCACGUGGUGAAGGAGCAUGAGCCAGGAGGGAAUUUUCUGGUUGCUCCUCGCUAGUGACUCUCUAGGCUCUGAAAACACGUCUAUAUUUUGCUUGCUGGUUUUCUGGGGCUAGUUUCCCACAAUUGUAUACAGCACCGCUCACAGAGCCAGAACAGGCAGAAAUAGCCACUGCUGUCAUUAGGGCGAAGCUCGCUCUUCACGGGUUUUCCCAUCCAUAAAAGGGAAAGAAGGGACUAGAUCUUACAGUUCUUCUUUAAGCCUGACUUGCGGUGACCGGGAAAGGAGACAGUGGCCCAGAACUAUCUAGAAAAGGCCGGGUGGAGCCUACAAACUCGCUGACUUGGCUUUCGCAGCAGGGAUGCUCUUCUACGUUUGUUUUAGGACACAAGGUGAGUACCGCAGUCUGAGCGCCAGCGAAGGUCUAUCACCGUGACAAGAAAACCCAGAGCAGCCUCAACACUAGUGCUACUCACACUGUGAAACUCUUUUCACCGGAUGACAGAUAACUGGGUAACUCGAGAGUUAAGUUUCUGUACAGUUUACAGAGCACUCGCCGCACGUUGACCAGUCCGCUUUACCACAACCACAGAGAUGAUUGCACCGCCUGGAAUCCUAGAGCGGACCGGAAGUGAGGGCAGCUUCCCGGGCCUGGAGGGAACGUGCUGGGGCCUGCGGCGGGUGUGUCAAGGGAGCGGUACCCUCGGCCCGCUUGUCCGGCUUUGCGCGAGAGGGUUUGAGCUCCUCAUAGGUGGAAGCUGCGGCUGAGGGAAGGCUGCGUCUGUGCGGCGACAAUCGGGCUUCCUCCGCACGGCUCGUUGUGGGGGAGGAGCCCCUCUCCAUCCCCGCCCUGGCCUGGGCUACCAGGAGCUCCGGUUUCAGAGCGACCUUCUCUCUAGUUUCCUUGCCCCACCUCGUAUACCCAGGCUUUAUUUAGGGCCAAAGUGUCCUUGAUAACCUGACUUUACUGUCUCGCAAGUAACCUGCCACUCAAUUUGUGACCCUGCAGCUUUAGUGAGUAUUUCUGUGCUCACUAUUUCCGGUCUUGUCAGAGGAUGGCUUCACUUUCAAAGGAAUUGUUCGAGUAACAGCCCUGUGUUGUCACGCAAACAAAUCCUUUUUCACUGCAUCUGUAAUUUUUCUCUGGUAACAGUCUUCUUAUAUCGAAAACUUUCCUGAUCAAAGAUUAAGUGGGGACUUCAAGUAAAAUCACCCAUCUGCCUAGACCCCAAUUGGAGAGAGCAUUCCUCUGAGCCGUCUAAGCUUAGGAUGGCGGUGGCCUCCAGGGCCCUUCCAGCCUUGGCUGGCCAGGCUUCAGAGGAACAAGGGGAGAUUAUCAAAGUAAAAGUUAAAGAAGAAGAUCAUGUUUGGGAUCAGGAAUCCUACCUACAGAAGAAUUUGUCUGAUAACAGGGAACUCUCUCGUCAGCGCUUCAGGCAGUUCUGCUAUCACGAGACACCUGGACCCAGGGAGGCUCUGAGCCAACUGCGGGAACUUUGCAGUCAGUGGCUGAGCCCAGAGAUACAUACCAAGGAGCAGAUCCUGGAAUUGUUGGUGCUGGAGCAGUUCCUGACCAUCCUGCCUGAGGAGCUCCAGGCUUGGGUGCGGGAGCAUAAUCCUAAGAGUGGAGAGGAGGUGGUGACUGUGCUGGAAGAUUUGGAGAGGGAGCUUGAUGAACCUAGACAGCAGGUUCCACAGGGGACAUAUGGGCAGGAAGUUCCUAUGGAAGAAAUGACUCCUCUGGAUACUGCAAGGGAGUCCUUAGGUACCCAGCUCCAGUCUAUGGAAGACAGAAUGGAAUGUGAAUCUCCAGAGCCACGCUCACUUCAAGAUAAUGGGUCAUUUUUGUGGCUUUCCAUGAUGUCUCAAAGCAUGGGUGAUGAUAAUCUCAGUAGCUUAGAUACUAAUGAAGCAGAAAUUGAACCAGAAAACAUGAGAGAAAAGUUCUUCAGAAGCUUAGCAUUGUUAUUGGAAAACAAAAGUAAUAACACCAAGAUAUUUUCUAAAGCAAAGUACUGUCAAUUAAUAAGGGAAGUGAAAGAGGCUAAAGCAAAGGCAAAAAAGGAAUCAGUUGACUACCGUCGCUUAGCUAGAUUUGAUGUGAUCCUUGUACAAGGAAAUGAGAAGCUCAUUGAAGCUAUAAAUGGGGAAACAGAUAAAAUACGGUAUUAUUUACACAGUGAGGACUUAUUUGACAUUCUGCAUGAUACACAUCUCAGCAUUGGACAUGGUGGACGUACCCGCAUGGAAAAAGAGUUACAAGCAAAAUACAAGAACAUCACGAAAGAAGUUAUAAUGCUAUACUUGACACUCUGCAAACUGUGCCAGCAGAAAAAUUCAAAACUCAAGAAAGUUCUAGCAUCAAAGCCAAUUAAGGAAGUUCACUCAAGAUGCCAAGUGGAUCUUAUAGACAUGCAGUUGAAUCCUGAUGGGGAAUAUAAAUUUAUUAUGCAUUAUCAAGACCUUCGUACAAAGUUGAGUUUUUUGCGGUCAUUAAAAUCUAAAAGGCCUAAGGAAGUUGCACAUGCUCUUUUAGAUAUUUUUACAAUUAUUGGAGCACCAAGUGUCCUACAAUCUGAUAAUGGAAGGGAAUUUUCAAGCCAAAUUGUCAGUGAACUCAGUAAUAUUUGGCCAGAAUUGAAAAUUGUCCAUGGGAAACCUCAGCCCUGCCAAAGCCAAAGUUCUAUGAAUCAAAUUAACGAGGAUAUCCAAAACAGGAUUGUCUCCUGGAUGCAAACUAACAAUUCAUCACACUGGGCUGAAUUUUUGUGGUUCAUUCAGAUGAUCCAAAAUCAACCCUAUCACAGAGGCAUGCAACAGACUCCAUAUGAAGGUACUUUUAACUCUGAAGCUAAGCUGGGCCUGUCUCAUUCUCAGUUAACUGAAGAACUUGUCACCAGCCUGAACACAGAAAAUGAAUUAGAACAGGCCAACAAAGAAUUAGAAAAUACUCUAAGAGCCCAGUAUGAAGAAAACAUUGAGACUGGAACAGACAGUAGUGAUACUGAUGAGAAUCUUUCUGUCACUCCUAAGGUGGUCAAAAAAACCCCUCCUGAAAGCAGACUAAACUUUUCAUCCUGUGUAGUUUGUGAAAAAGAAUGCACAGGGGCUCAUAGUUGUAUAUCAUGUGAUAGAAAUGUUCAUGCCUUCUGCGGAGUGCCCUCUCAGCAUGAGACUGAGGGCUUUCAUCCCAGAAUAACGUGCAGUCUUUGCUAUGAGACCACUACAAUGAAAAGGAAACAUGAUGGGAUUCAAAGAAGUUUGACUGUUCAACCUUCCAAAAUGCUAAAGCCAUCAGAGACACCAUUUUCAUCAGAGAAAGUAGGAGAUUGGAUGGCAAAACAAGCUUCACUGGAUUUUUUUGUGAAGAAAAGACACACCUGUUCUGAAUACGGCAGUAGUGGUAAAAGAAAUGGUAACAAUGGAAAUCAUCCCGAAGAAGUGAAAACCAAAAGAGUUCAUACUAGUUUUACUCGAAAGUAUGAUCCCUCAUAUAUUGAGUUUGGCUUUGUAGCUGUAAUUGACGGCGAAGUGCUAAAACCACAGUGUAUCAUUUGUGGAGAUGUGCUGGCUAAUGAAGCAAUGAAGCCUUCAAAACUUAAGCGGCAUUUAUAUUCAAAACAUAAAGAAAUAAGUUCACAACCAAAAGAAUUCUUUGAAAGAAAGAGUAGUGAAUUAAAAAGCCAACCAAAGCAGGUGUUCAAUGUUUCUCAUAUAAACAUUAGUGCUUUGCGGGCUUCUUAUAAAGUAGCACUUCCGGUUGCUAAGUCUAAAACACCAUACACAAUUGCCGAGACACUAGUGAAAGACUGCAUCAAAGAAGUUUGCUUGGAAAUGUUGGGUGAAUCUGCAGCUAAGAAGGUAGCUCAAGUACCACUUUCCAAUGACACCAUAGCUCGACGUAUUCAGGAACUGGCUAAUGAUAUGGAAGACCAACUCAUAGAACAAAUAAAAUUAGCAAAGUAUUUUUCGUUGCAACUUGACGAAUGCAGGGAUAUUGCUAACAUGAUAAUUCUUUUAGUAUAUGUAAGGUUUGAACAUGAUGAUGAUAUAAAGGAAGAAUUCUUUUUUUCAGCCUCUUUACCAACAAAUAUAACUAGCUCAGAACUGUAUGAAGCUAUAAAGAAUUACAUUGUCAACAAAUGUGGUUUGGAAUUUAAGUGGUGUGUAGGAGUGUGUUCCGAUGGUGCAGCUUCAAUGACAGGAAAACAUUCUGAAGUGGUUACCCAGAUUAAGGCACUUGCGCCAGAAUGUCGAAUAACACAUUGCUUCAUUCAUCGAGAAAGUCUUGCUAUGAAAAAAAUAUCAGCUGAACUAAAUAGUGUGCUUACAGACAUAGUAAAAAUUGUGAAUUAUGUAAAAUCUAAUGCAUUAAAUUCAAGAUUAUUCUCUUUAUUAUGUGAUAAUAUGGAAACUGAUCAUAAGCAACUGUUAUUGCAUGCUGAGAUACGGUGGUUAUCCCGGGGAAAAGUUCUAUCAAGAAUGUUUGAAAUAAGAAAUGAACUUUUAGUAUUUCUGCAAAGCAAGAAACCAGUUUGGUCCCAACUUUUCAAAGAUGUGAAUUGGACAGCCAGACUUGCUUAUUUAUCUGAUAUCUUCAGUAUUUUUAAUGAUCUUAAUGUUUCCAUGCAAGGAAAGAAUGCAACAUGUUUUUCAAUGGCAGAUAAGAUCGAAGGACAAAAACAAAAGUUAGGAGCUUGGAAAAACCGAGUUUCUACAGACUGUUAUGACAUGUUCCAUAAUUUAACAACAGUUAUCAAUGAGGUGGGUCAUGACCUUGAUAUUGCACAUCUGCGAAAGGUUAUCAAGGAACAUCUUACAAAUUUGUUAGAUUGUUUUGAAUUGUAUUUUCCAUCAAAAGAAGAUCCACGCAUAGGAAAUUCAUGGAUCCAAAAUCCAUUUCUUUCAUCAAAAGAUAAUUUAAAUUUAACUAUAUCUUUACAGGAUAAGUUAUUGAAGCUGGCUACUGAUGAAGGAUUGAAAAUGAAUUUUGAAAAUACUGCAUCACUUGCUUCAUUUUGGAUAAAAGUUAAAAAUGAAUAUCCUGAGCUUGCUGAGAUUGCUUUGAAGACUCUUCUUCUAUUCCCCUCAACGUACCUCUGUGAGACUGGGUUCUCUACUCUGAGUGUUAUUAAAACAAAACACAGAAACAGUUUAAAUAUACAUUAUCCACUGAGAGUAGCAUUGUCAUCAAUCCAACCUAGAUUAGACAAAUUAACAAGCAAGAAGCAAGCUCAUUUAUCACAUUAAAAACUUUAAAUAUUGAUAUAUAUAUCAAUAUAUAUGCAUACGGCAUUAUGGAAGUUGAUUGAUGCAUAUAGGCAUUAUGGAAGUAUGAAAAAUUAUGAUUAAAAUAGCAAUUUUCUAUAUAAACUGCCUAUAUGUAAACUUUCAGUUAAGAAACUGUACAGUUCUUAUAAUUCUUUUAUUUUUCCGUUAUAUUUGUUAUAUUUAUUAAAAUGUAAUUUUAAAUCUGUUGGUACUAAUAUUAAAAAAUUUUGUCUUGGUAUUUUGUAUGUCUUUUUAUUAUUGUAUUUCAUGAGGAUAUUACGAUUGUAGGAUGACUUCAGGAUGGGGAAUGAUGUCUUUGAGAUGGCAGAUUAAAUCAGUGAAGAGAAGUGAAUUCAAGGGGUGGAGUUAGAAUUUGAAUGCAUGGGAGGGGGUCAGUACGUUGUUAAGCUUGUUAAGCUGAUCCUGGUUAUGUUGGAAGUUGAUGUUAAGUUCCUUUUGUAGGUGUAUGUUUAGACACAGUGUUUUAAGUGGGUGAGGGGGAGGGAAACACUUAUCUUGUAAUGGUGUUAUGGCUUUGGAUGCAUAUUGAUUAAUUCUGAUUUCAUAAUGGUGGGGGAUUGGGCCAUAGUGACAAGAUUAUGUCAGGUAAAGGUUUUUAGACUUUGCUUGAGCUGAUUGCCUUUUAAGGUUCUCUGAGACAAAGUCAGGUAUUAUUGGCACCUCAAGUAGAUUCUAUAACCUCUUUUAUUCUUUGGAGAUGAUUCAGAAAAAUGCCACACAUUUGCUCUCCUGUCUGUGUACUCACUCUGAAUUACUGAAAACAGACUAUUAGCACAAGGUAAGAUCUUCAUGGCAAAACAUGCCAGGAUCUUUGAAGAAAAUGUCUUUUCCUAGACAAGAAAGCUACUUACAGUAACUGCUUCUUUUCAAAGAAAUGUAACAUUGAAAGUUGAAGAAGAAAAAGUUUUUUAGUUAUAAUAAUCUAGCCUUUUGAGUAAAAAGAGUCAAGGGACUGGAUCCCAAAAACCUUAGAAAGUGGAAGAAAUGUUUUUCACAUUCGGUUCUGAAACCUUAGAAGGAUUAUGUUUUAUUGUGUGUUUGUUUUAAUAAAAUCUUACAGCUUUUCAAAAAAAAAGCUAAUAGUGUUGGAUAGAUUUAGAAGACAGCAGUGUAAUUCCACCCACCUACAUCUUAUGUGUCUUCUCUCCUAUCUGAGUCUAUUUUGGAACUAAGGGAUGUACAUUUUUAAAGUUUUACCAUUUGCUUUAUUAAUUGAAUAAAGUAUUGUGCUUCCAAUUCUUAAUUUUAUAGAGCAACAUAUGUGGUGAUUUCAUACUUCUUUCUAUAAAUACCUAAAGUGGUCUGGGGGAAAAUAAACUGAGAGGGACAUAAAAAGUAUAUUUUAAAAGGGAACUAAAUUUCCUUAUUUUCUCUCUAAGAAAUAUAAAGCAUUGGAUAUCUGAGAACAGAAUUAGAAUCACCUGGACAAGAUUUUUGGUGUGAAGCCCUCUCAGAUAUUUGAAUUAGACGCUCGUGUAUUUUUCCUGCAAAUGACUCGGUACCAGGAGGCUGAAUUGCUUUACCUUCACCUUUUUAAGACUUAGGAAUAUUUGUCUUCCUUCCCUUCCCUCUUCCCUGUUUGUUUUAUUGUCUUAUUGUGAAAUUUUUUUCCUUCAACAGCUUUAUUGAGACAUAGUUUAUAUACCAUGAAAUCUUAACAUGAACUUGAUGACUAGUGAUUCUGUAGAUCACCUGAUCUUUUUCUUUCUAUUUUCUCUUUUUUUUGUGCAGUGACUUCACAUGUCUGUAGACAUGUGGUUUUGCAUACACUGCAAUGGUAAUUGCAUAUUUCCUUGUGUGCAGAUAUGACUACUAUGUGUGUGUUUCUAUUUAUCAUUUAUUUAUGUGCUGUAUUUUAAUUGCAUUUAUAGUUAUUAUGUAUAAUAGGAUGUUGUAUUGAACUUUUCCUACUACCUAAGGAAUGGUAACUAUGGAGGGGCCAAAGAUGGGUCAAGGAGAUAAGUACCUCAUAUUCUAAAGAAAUAUGGCAAUGACUGGAACCAGAACCUCCUCCUGCACGCACACACACAGACACGCACAGCACACAGACAUACCUUGAAGGAUGACUAAGUGAUAGAACUGGCUUCCAAUGUUGUGAUUUCUAUCAAGAAAUCAUUUGCUGUGACGCCUUCAGGAAGAGGAGACUUGCAUUAAUUUCCAGAUUGGGUGUUAGUUUAGAGAGCAGACUUCCUCUUCUGCUCUCUGAUUACUUGAGCAGGAAAAAAAAGUUGGAGAGGUUAGACCUGCAGUAGAUCAGCCUGCCUUCCCACAAUUUGGGGUGGCGAAGAUAUGCAAGUUUCCUGUAGGUCAGGUGACACCAAGGAAUGUAAAUUUGAGCCCUCAGCUAGUGUCCCACUCAGAAAAACUGUCCCCUAGCCAAGAGAACUCUCCAACAAAGGCUGUUGACAUUUGUAGCUAUUAGGUGCUGAAGGAGGUGAAAUAGGUUAAGCUGAAAGUUAAGCUAGCUAGCUAUUUUUCUCUACAUAUAUUUGGGGCAAGCCCCCCACAAAUGUCCUGAAAAAUUCUCACAUGUUCCUCCUGAGAAAGCCAGAAUUUUAGGGCUUAGUCAGAGGCAAGUUACCAGUUUACACUUCCACUUCCAGUGUGUGUGUGUGUGUGUGUGUGUGUGUGUGUGUGUGUGUGUGUGGUGUUGGAGUCUUUGGAUGAACCCUGGCCUCCCAGCAAGAUUUAUUGUCGUGAAUAGGUCUGAGUUUGGGAGCAGCAGGAUAGAAGAGGGAGUUGCAGGCCAGGUGGCCUGCUCAACUUUAUACCCACAGGUCCUCCAUAGGGCCCCAGACCAGACUUACCUGGAUCAUAGGAUCUCUUCCUCCUCAGCUCUGGUGGUGAGAAGCUUGGGAAAGGGGAGAGUGAGGGGAAAAAGCAGGGUGGGAUUUUGUAGCAGCGAGAGGAGAGUUGAAAGGGGGUACUUGAGUGGUGUUAGUGGUGCAAUCAAAUCCUGGGCAUUUGGAGACCUCCAUUCUGGGUUGACUGACUCUUUGGGAGAUUUCAGAGAAAAGGAUCUUCUGUCAGGUGCUAAAGGUAUUGCUGUUAGGAAUCCCCCUUCCUUGAUGUGUCUGUGCACGUUCUGCAGUGAGUCUGUUGGGAACUUGGAGGAUUGGAUGGGGAAACUAGCCCAGUCUGUACCCUUCCUGGGCUCUCCUAAAUAAUAACUUGCAGAAUAUCUUUUCUGGUAUUCACCAAGAUAGCAAGAAUACUGUGAAAGUUCUAAACACUGUACAAUUAGAAAUUAUGAUUAGGAAAGAAAACAUUUAUUUACUGGUUCAAAGAACAUACUAUGUGCUUUGUAUUCUGAUAUAUUUGUGUUAAAUUGAAUUUAAAAUUUGUUAUGAUUGAUACAAUUAUGGUUUUAGUUAAUUAAACCUUGGACUCAUUAAAAAAUGUAAAAAAGGAAAAGAGCAUGAGGCUGUUAUGGACUGUAUGACUUUUAAGAGUGUGAUUAUGUUUAUGAUGUGCUUGAUCUUACUAUUUAAAUGCAAACUGAUUUCUGACUGAAAUCUCUUUUGCAUCUUUAGGAGGGCAAAUUUUCCAAAUUACUGUUUUCCUAUCUGAAAAAUCUCGCUUAGUUAACUUGAGGAACCAAAAGUGAACUCAGAGUGAGAGGAGCACAAAGAAAUGCAGGGUGCAACAGUGUGGAAAAAGGUGUCUGGGGGUAAGGAGGCACAGGUGAACAGAAGCCGAUUUUUAAACAUGAACCACGUUGAGUUUAGCCUUGAUCCUGGAGGCACUGGGAGGUCAUUAAUGGGAUGAUAAAAAGAAAGUUACUUGAAUUACAUUUUUAGGAAGAUUUUUCUGGCUACAACGUGGAAAAUAACUUGGAGUCUUAGAGGCAAGGAGACCAAGAAGAAUUUUAUAAUGAAAUAGAUGGAUGAUAAUGGCGUGAAUUGGGGAAAUGGUAGUAGGGACUAAGGAAAAUGGAUAUAUUUGAAAGGUUCAAUAUUCUAAAGGUGCCAGUUUACAAUUCUAUUGAAUAUAACAAUAGAGGUUUCAUGCAGUCUAACAACUAUCUAAAAUUUGUAUAUAAGAGCAAAGGGUCAGACUUACUAAGGAUUAAAAAAAAAAUGGUUGAGAAAACUUGCUUAUUCUCACCUUAAACAUCAGAACUUAUUAUAAAGCAAUUGUAUUUAAAACAGGGUGGUAUUAAGAUAGUCAUAGACAAAUAAACCAUUGGAGUAGAAUAGGGAUCCCAGAAACAAUCCCAUGAAUAUGUGGAAACUUGAUAUGACAGAAAUAUUCUUUCUUGCUCAGUGGAGAAAAGAAAAACUUGAUUAUUCAUUUGGAAGAAAAUGAAAUUGGAUCCGUGCAUUUUAAAUAUAUUAAAAACUUAAAAUGUGAAAGGCAAAGCUAUAAAACUAUUUUUGUAAGUUAUUAUCUAGUAAAGUUGAAGAUGUGCAUGCCCUACAGUCUUCAAAUCCACUCUUAGUUAUAUGUCAAGCGUCUGAAGGAGUCAUGUAUCUGAAUGUUUAUAACAUCAAUGCUAAUAAAAGCCCAAAUGGAAAACAACCCAAAUGUCCAUUCACAGAAGAAAAUAUGGGGGAAUCUGCUUUUGAACUUGAAAAAGGAAAUAAUUUCUUAAGGUGUAAAAAUACAAA